AAAUGGAAUCAGUCUACAAAGGAGAUCGUUUAUAGUACAAAACACUUGUGCGACCCAUCCUAGAAUACUACUCAAGUGGUGUGGGACCCAUACCAAAUAGGGUUAAUGGAAAUAUUGAACGUAUACAAGAAAGGGCAGCACGAAUGGUCACACAUUUGUUUGAUUCAUGGAAGUGUGUCAAGGAGAUCCGAGGAAACCGAACUGGCAGACGCUUGAAGAUUAUCGUAAACUAUCCUGAUAGAGCUUACUUUCAAAAUUUAAGAGGCAGCUUUAAAUAGGGAAUCGGGGAAUAUACUACAGUCCCCUACGAAUGGCUCCCUCAGGGAUCGCGAAGACAUGACUAAAUUAACUAUAGAAUUCACAGAGGCGUUUAAACAAGAAUUCGUCCUGCAUUCUAUACCGUACCUUGAUGGGACGAGAAGAAUGUUUUAUAGUGGUUUGUAGAGGUGCAGUAUAGUAGAGAAGGUGAUCAACAGCCGAUUUUAUGUCAGCUAUGGGUGAGCGGUAUAGGUCUACUUAUAAAAUGUCUUUCCUUAUUUCAGUACUUGAACUCUGGGAAUGAGCCGUGCAUAACGAUGAAAAUGAUAUAAUAGAUUAACGCAACUGUUUCACCGUUGACAACGAAAAAUUGUGCGCCGACAUAACAUACUAGGGAACCACUGUCGUCUGCAAACCGUUUACGUGGCAUCUGCCGCCACGCAGCGUAGUGUAUCUUGCUUGCGUGUUUAUUUGCAUUUGUAUCUUUGACAAUGGCAGUAACAGUGACGGAUGAGGAUAUACGCAAUGUUCAAGACAAGUUAUUUGACUGGGAACGUUCUGAAAAUCCUGUAGCCCCCUUGACAAGUGACCAGAUAGAUGCUCUCCAAGAUUUAGAAGAAGAAUUCAGUAAAUUUGAAUUUUUUGGUGAUUUGUCUAUAUCUCAAGAAGAUGACUUACACCAGUCGGCGUUAAAUGUUGUACGUCAGUCCGAUGGCGACGCGGGAAAGUGUUUUGUUAAUCUACUGCAGAGCAAGUCCAGGAUAGAAACUACACGACAGUUUCUGUCUUGGUAUUCUGAUGUAGAGGAGGAACUUCUACACGAGGAGGAUGUCCAGUACACACAGUUCAUGAAACAGCUAACUGAGCGAAAAGAUGAAUGCACUGUACUCUUGACACAGAUAGAAGCUGCACUUGGAGACCUAACUCAUCUCACUGGCCAGUACCAGUCUGUUUCAUCGAGAACAAACUCACUUCAUCAAGUGAGUGAGCAACUUUUGGCUGACCAGGUGAAAUUGAAUGGACUUUAUGAAGAAGUGAACAAAAGGUUGCAGUAUUUCACAUCUGUUGACAGCCUUUCCAGCCGACUGGCAUCACCGACAUUGUCAGUAGCGAGUGAUGCUUUUGUAGAUAUUUUAAAUCGUCUGGAUGAGUGCAUAGAGUAUAUGACUGUUCAUAUUAAAUGGAAGGAAUCUAACACAUAUCUUGUUAAAUAUAAGCACUGUUUAUCCAGAGCAAUUGCGCUGAUGCGUUCAUAUGUGAUUGAUGCAUUCCAACAUGCCACUCAGCAAGUUUUGGCUCCAAGAGCUGUUGGUGGUAAUCAGACAGAACAGCUAGAGAGAGAUACUUCAUUUGCUUUGUGUUAUGGUAAAUUUCAAGCAUCAGCACCUAAAGUCAAGCAAGUGAUAAUCCAAAUUGAGGAAAGAGUUGCAAGAAAUCAAGAAUAUGAAAGUUUACUCGCAGAAUGCCACCAUAGCUACUUUUCACAGCGAGAACAGUUGCUCGGAACUGGAGUCGCCACCGCAGUUAGUGAGCUGGCAGGACAGCAUCGUGGUGACCACUGCUCCCUCGUACGCAGUGGGUGUGCUUUCCUCGUACAUGUGUGUCACGACGAGUACCAGCUGUUCUAUCAGUUCUUCACUCUCCAUACACCACAACUCACAACAUACCUUGAGGGUCUCUGUACAUCAUUGUAUGAUGUACUCCGGCCAUUUAUUAUCCACAUAAAUCAUCUGGAAACAUUAGCAGAAGUUUGUAGCAUAUUGAGACUGGAAAUGUUGGAGGAACAUGUUCAAAAUAACCCUGGUCCUUUGGAAGCAUUUUCAAAAAUUGCAUGGCAGCUGCUGCAGGAUGUGCAGGAGCGUCUGGUGUUUCGUGCCCAUUGUUACCUGCAGUCUGAUAUCUUACAGUAUCGUCCUGCACCUGGAGAUCUCGCCUACCCUGAGAAGCUCGAGAUGAUGGAGAGUAUAGCCCAGUCACUGCAAGAUCAGACUCCACAAUCACUGAGGCGUUCAGACUCGAGGUCAUCCAUCGUCUCUGUUGGUUCUGCAACAUCUCAAGAAGUUGCACGCAUCAACAGUGACAAUACAGUAGAACAACCUCGCUCAAGAACGGGUAAUUCGCCAGCAGAUCUGCAUGGAAUGUGGUACCCAACUGUUCGAAGAACACUAGUUUGUCUGUCUCGUCUCUACCGCUGUGUUGACAGAACCAUUUUCCAGGGUCUUUCGCAGGAGGCAUUGUCUGUGUGCAUCCAAAGUGUGGCAUCAGCAUCACAAGCAAUUACUGCAAGAAAGAGUCCUAUUGAUGGUGAACUUUUCCAAAUAAAGCAUUUACUCAUCUUAAGAGAGCAGAUAGCUCCAUUUCAAGUUGAUUUUACCAUCAAGGAAAUGAGUUUGGAUUUUAGCAAAAUGAAAACUGCAGCUUUCAGCCUUCUCCAAAAGAAGCGCCGCCUGUUUUCUCUGGGGACAAAUAAUGCACUGCUUGAGUUCUUGUUGGAAGGCACACCCCAAGUGAAGGAACAGCUGCUAGAUUCUCGAAAGGAAGUAGACCGUCAGCUUAAAGCAUCCUGUGAGGCUUUUAUAAAUCACGCCACAUCACAGUUGGCGGAUCCAGUUCUUGCAUUUCUGCAGAAGGCACAAGUAUUCUCGAGCAUGAGUGCAGAAGUACAGAAUGUAAAACUCUCACAACAACCAUUUGCACAACCAGCAGCAGUUAGUGAAAUUGUUGCUGAGACAAAAAGACUUAUAAAAGCAAAACUGCCAAAUGUCCAGCGCAGCAUGCAGCUCUACUUGGCAAACCGGGAGACUGAGUUCAUACUUUUCAGGCCAAUAAAGAACAAUGUGUUAGCAUUACUGGCGCGCUUGGAGCAGAUUCUUGCAAAUGGCGGAUACUCGGCUGAAGACCUCUUAGUAAUUGCUUGUCCUACACCAGAACAGGCAGCUGUCCUCCUUUCAUCAGCAUCAUUGAUGCCUGGAGAUUCAGUUCGUGAGGAGCAGCUUGACGCAACAACGUAGUGGUGAUAGCUGCUUUCAUUUACUCUUAUAUAAGCCAAAUUUAUCUUUUUUGCUAGUGAAUGUUGGUGAUCUCAAAAGUUAUAUCUAAUGAGAAUUAAUACACAUGAAACUAAAGAUCCAACAUUCUUCCUGGCUGUGCUUUUAUUACCUAAGAUAUAAUAUCACCUGUUUGUAUUUAAAAUAUAAGUUGACAUGUAAUUAGUAUUCUGAGCAUAUUAUCAGUAUUGACUAAAAGUAAAUGGCGUAAGAAUUUGGAAAGUAAAUUAAAUUAUACUUAUUUCAUACCAGUUGAUAAAUUCUUAUGCAUGCAGUCUUACACAAUCUUGCCAGUUCUUAAAACAGCAGUUUAGUCUGGACUGUUGUGUCAAGUACAAGAAAAGGUGAUGUAAAAGGAAUUAUAUAACACUUGGCAGCUUUUGUAUCACAUAAACAAAACAUGAAUAGGAUCAAUCACCAUCAAUAGAUUAUGCCGGAUAGAACAAAUGCCGUGUUUGAAUUCUAUAAUUCCUUGUCAGAAGAUCAGAAAUGUGAUACGGCUACUUUUAUUUACUGAUCUCACACCACAAUAAAAAUGGAUUUACUCGGGGCAAAAAUUGCUACUUGUGACUUACUCGUUCAAGACAGUACAGAUUCCGUGCUUGUAAACAACAUAAGAGGCAGUUUAUAUUAUGUCUUUACUCAUAGAUUUGGUUUUCCACUAUGUAAAACAAGUGUCAACACAAAUAAAUGGAAAUAACUAGUCAAUACAUAUUGUGAGAGCAUUAACAUAAUAAAAGCAACUGUUUCACGGUGUAACAAGAAAUUGAAAUUUCAAUAUGUUUAAGGGAGAGGGAUGAAUGUACACAUUCGCAUAUGAGAACAAUAUUUGAUGAAAUCUUUCAAACUGAAGGAAUCAUACAACAGUUAUAUGUUUAAUUUAAAAUCAGUAAACAUAAUGAGAUUUCUGACACGGGGAUGUCUGUAAUCUCUCAAUUAUGUAAAAGACAGAGUUGUCUGUAUUAGGUUUUACAAAAAUAUAUUUUUUCCCCGAUGGUUAAUGUAGCUCUUGCGAACUUACAAAUCAUGUAGACUUUAAUGAAAAGUUGGCACUUCCAAUACACAAGUUUUUGCUGCUAUGUCACUGCCAGCUGCUCUUCAGUAUCUUAGUAAGAAUAUGUUUGUAUGUUUGCCUUAACAUUUUUUGACCAGGAUGCUCUGUGUAAAGUUGCCUUAUGUAAGUUACUGUACUUUAAAUACUGUGGUGCUGUGUGAAUGGAAAAAAUAUUUAAUUUGUACAGUGAUAAUAAAAAAGAAAUGAUUUUCAGAAAUAAAGUUAGUGUCCUUGUAGAGCGUUUUGUGUAGACUGAUACUGUGUGCCAGAUUAAGACUUAAAAUGCAGAUACCUGCCUAUUGGGGAGAGUUCUGAGCUCAUCUCAGCAAUGAGUGAAAGCCCCAACUUGUAACUGCAUCUUUCCAUUGCACUGUAACUAGCCAGUGGCUUUUCCAAAUCACAGAGAAUGGAUGUUGCGAAGAGUUUGGCUUUUCCACAGGAUUAAUGCCAUUACUUUUACUUUGUAUAGAGUAUAUUGUGUGAUCUGAAUAAAAUUUCUGUUUGGUUAAGAAGGUAACUUUCCUAACUCACAUAACUUAAAAGGUAAAUAUCCCACCUCAAAAAGCUAAAACUGAAUAAACAUUGUUUUAAAAUAUCA